AAGACCUAGUGCUGAAGUAGAGGCGGACGUGCCUAGUGCCCGGCGCGUGGUAAUCGCGCCUGGUGCCCGGGCCAGUGAAGACCAUGGCGUUCAUGGUGAAGACCAUGGUGGGGAGUCGGCUGAAGAACCUCACUGGGAGCCUGGGGGGCGGCGAGGACAAGGGGGACGGGGACAAGUCGGCGGCCGAAGCUCAGGGCAUGAGCCGAGAGGAGUAUGAGGAAUAUCAGAAGCAACUGGUAGAAGAGAAGAUGGAGCGGGACGCGCAGUUCACACAGAGAAAAGCAGAGCGGGCGACACUGCGGAGCCACUUCCGAGACAAAUACCGGCUGCCCAAGAACGAGACAGAUGAGAGCCAGAUCCAGAUGGCAGGUGGAGACAUGGAGCUGCCCCGGGAGCUGGCGAAGAUGAUUGAGGAGGACACAGAGGAGGAGGAGGAGCGGGUCUCAGUCCUCGGGCAGCUGGCUGGCCUCCCUGGCUUGGACCUUGGCUCACUGAAGGACAAGACCCAGGCCACACUGGGGGAUCUCAAGCAAUCAGCUGAGAAGUGCCAUAUCAUGUGACUACUCCCCCUGGGGUAGCCCCCUGGAGUGAUCAGAGGGCUAGGCCCACAGGAGCUAGGUCUCAACUUCCAUGAACCCUUUCCCCACCGUGGCUUUGUUUCCCCUGCCCCAGGCUAGCUCCAGGCCCCAGCCUGCCUUCUGGUCUCUCCCUCCCCACUGGGAGCAAAGUCCCCACUCCUCCGCCUCUGGACUCACCCUAGCCUGGGGAAGCCUCCCAAGAUUGUAGGAAUAGGCCCUACCUUGUCUAACCAUGGUCCCAAAUUCCUGCACAUAGAAGCACCCAUAGAGAGACACAGAGGGACACAGAGACCUUGGCAUAUGCAGAAGCAUAGAGCACAGAGGCAUCCUGGCACACACAGACACACAGGCACAGGCCAACCCCCCCCCCCACCCCAUGCCUAACCCCUCUAGACACCAACACUCAGAUAUGCAUAGAGGCUUCAGGCAGACACCCCCCGCAGACAGGAGGCCUAAGUUUGAGUCUACACAUUUAUUCUCCUUGAAACAUACUGCUUAUCAUCUAUAAAAUGGGGAUGGAUGGGGUGGUUUCUGAGAUUCAUUCUAGCUUGGCCUCCCUGGCCCCUUGGAGUCAAUCCCACACCACUCUUUGGGCAAGACAGCAGCUGCAGCCAUAGCCUCAAGUAGCUGCCACUGUGGGCUCUGGUUCUUCGGAGCUGAGCGAUGCUGUGCGAGAGACCAAGUGCCAAAGAUGAAGCUGGCACCCAACAGUAGCCCAGGUGGCUCCCGGCAUCCUCUGGGCCCAGGACCCAGCCAAUUUCUGUUUUGUUCCUGUAGAACUCUCUUGGAUUCCAUAGCUGGAUCUCCUGUCUCAGCUCAGUGAAAAAUAAAAGCUCCAAAUGACC